UAUAAUAGAGAGAGAAGACAUGAGGCGUUCGAUAUGAUCCUGAAUUCCUGAUGGAAACGUGAAAUAAAAUUCAACGGUGGGAUGGGUUCAUUUCCUUAAACCCUAGCUAGGUUCGGGAGCUAUAAAAGACAGAACGUGUCUCCAAUCAUUCUUCUCAAGUAAAUUUGGUUUCUGUGUCAGAUCUCAGAACAGCCGUUUCUUUCUCGUGAGCUGAGAAUAUAUCUCUGCGCAUAGUUCAAGGAAUCCAUCGCUCAAAUCUGCUAAUGGCUGCUACUGCUCGUGUCUUACCUAUAAGUAAUGAGAAAUUUAAGAAGACUUUGAGUUGGCCUAUGAGUAGCUGCGCUUCCUUGUCUAUGGAGAAAGUUGUAUCCAGUGUUGCACGUCGCACGAGUCCUGAUCGUAAUAUUUGUGUCUACAUUAGUAAUGGUGUUCCUUUUUUUUAUGGCCCCCAUGAAACGAAGGAUAGAAUAGCUUCCUUGAAUGAAUUUGUACGGUCUAGCAGUACUCCUGAUGAUGCCCCUGAAGCGAUUAUAGUUGCUGCCUUGAAACAACGUGGGUCUGGGAAAUAUACAGCACCCAUAGGAAUGGGUGCUGCUAAUUAUCCUCCUAUGGUUAUUAAUGAUGAUAAUGGGAAGGCCUGCAAGGUUGUUGAUUGGGAUAAAGAGUUGGGAAAAAUUUAUAAGGCGAGAACUAUGAAUGGUAAGGCUUCUCCAAGUGCUCCUCCCUUCUGGUAUGAUAAUUUUGGAAAGGAUACACCUGCUGCUAGUGCUUCUUCUUAUGGAUAUCCUUCUGUCUUGAAUGAAGAUCAUGAUGAUGAUGGGAUUGUGACAGUGUCAUUCAGUAAUAAUCGCUACUGCUGCAUCGGUGGAAAUGGUGGUGGUGAAAGUAGCAGUGAGGCCAGUACUGCUUAUUCUUUUAAGAAUGCCAUUGUCAAGGACAGUGAUGAGGCAAGUAGUACUGGGCGUGGAAGUACUGCCCCCAAAAAAAUGAAGAAAAAGGAUAACAAUUUCGACACUGGCGUUGACUGUAUGGCUGGUUUCGGAGGUUGCGUACCUUUCAAGUUCAAAAUAUGGGUGAAAAGAAGCAAAGACGUCUAUGCCAUAGAUGGCUAAUCAAACUGCCGCAAGCUAGCUAGCUUCUGGCUUAGGCAAAUCGCUUUGCUUCUUGUGUGAUCUCUGUAAUCUUCUCAAUUUCCUUCACGUUCUAUAGUCUCUUUCAUUAUUUUUUCUCUGUUCUAUAGUACUUGGAAUUAUAUUGGAUGAUGAACACUUUUUAUCAUUUUAAAUAUAUUUUCUCCUGCUCUUGUGGCUUA